AUGAAGUACUUACUCUUUCUGGCGGUAAAGUGGCGAUACUCCAAGGGCAUCAGCGACCGUGUUGGCAUCGGCGAAAGUCAUCGAGCUCAUAGGGCUGCAAGUGCGAUCGAGCCGACCGGAGUUUGCGGCGGAGGCGGCAGCCAUCAGUGGGAAAGACGGUGUGGCGGGGACGGAGAUGGCCGACGUUCGGUCACGCCAAUGGACGGUGGUCAUAGUCGAGUCGGAGGAAACAACGGGAGGCGGAUGACGUCGCAGCUGGGCUGCUGA